GGGGUGGGGCGGGAGCGCGCGGGCCCGGGAGCGCGUGCGCGCGACGCCGGCAGCCGGGCUGGGCCCUGACGCCCCUCAUUCCUCUGCGGAGGCGGCCGCUCUCCCCGGCGUCGAGGGCGUGGCGGAGAGGCUGCUAGCACCGGCUCUGCGGCGGCCGCGGCCCGGCGCGUCUCCCCAGACCCGACUCAUCGCGGCGCCCCCGUUCCCGCGCAGUGCGGUCGGGCCGCCCCGGCCUCUCGCCUUCCUGCCUGCCUUCCUGCAGCGGCCAAGAGCACAGUAGAUGCCUGGUAGACAUCUUAGAACUUUAAAAACAGAAGAGACCUGCUGUUAGGGGAUAAUGCUGAGGGACACUAUGAAAUCUUGGAAUGAUAGCCAGUCAGAUCUCUGUAGCAGUGACCAAGAAGAGGAAGAAGAGAUGAUUUUUGGUGAAAAUGAAGAUGAUUUGGAAGAGAUGAUGGAUUUAAGUGAUCUGCCUACCUCACUUUUUGCUUGCAGUGUCCAUGAAGCAGUGUUUGAGGUGCAAGAGCAGAAGGAGAGAUUUGAAGCCCUUUUCACCAUCUAUGAUGACCAGGUUACAUUUCAGUUGUUCAAAAGCUUUAGAAGAGUCCGAAUAAAUUUCAGCAAACCUGAAGCGGCAGCAAGAGCUCGAAUAGAACUGCACGAAACAGACUUCAACGGGAAGAAGCUGAAGCUGUAUUUUGCACAGGUACAGGUGUCUAGUGAAACACGGGACAAAUCCUAUCUGCUGCCGCCCCAGCCGGUCAAACAGUUCCUCAUCUCCCCUCCGUCAUCUCCUCCGGUGGGGUGGAAGCAGGGUGAAGACGCAAUGCCUCUUAUAAAUUACGAUUUACUCUGUGCUGUUUCCAAAUUGGGACCAGGAGAGAAAUACGAACUUCAUGCAGGAACUGAGUCGACACCAAGUGUGGUGGUUCAUGUCUGCGAAAGUGAAACUGAAGAGGAAGAAGACACAAAAAACCCCAAACAGAAAAUUACGCAGACAAAGCGCCCUGAGCCUCCCACCACAGCCGUCGGGGAGCCCCAGACCUUCGACUGUGUGCUGUGAGGCCCCUGGCUGUGGUGUGAGGCAGCUGCCAGGUGGGCAGCAGUCGUGGCGAUCCAUGCCCCCCCACUGGUGUGUGACUGCUAAGAGUGGAGGUGAGGUGAGGUGAGGAGUGAAUGAGGCACAGGUGUGCCCCAGGCCUGCACCGUGGACAGGGCAGGGUAGAGGCUGAUGGUACAUGUUCAAAAUUUUAACUGAUAUUCGGAACAGCACUUUAAAUUCAAGGAUUAUCCCCAACGCGUGGCAUCUCUUGAGCAUUUUUAAACAGUAGCAAAUUAGGAAAAUGGCUCCCUCCAGAAUGUUCAUUUCCCUGAUUCCGUAUAACAUGGGGUACCCAAAAAUUAAAACUAGAGUCACCACAUGCAGUACCAUUUUUAUAAAUUUAAAAGUAGUCUUACAAUUUUAAUAGUCAUGUGUGGGUAUUUUUGUAUUAGUAACAAUAGCUUCUAAUCUCUUGAUGAAAGGUGAAUUGUUAUUCAGUAUACAUGAAAUUUUUUGCACGAAAAGAAACCUGAAAUAGAAACUAAUGCAUAGAAAAUCGUUUUUCGCAAGUAUUUUUUUUCUUUAGCUUUGGGGAAGAAAUGCCAAACUCACCUUGACUGUCAGAAUCAAAUGGCACAAAUCUACAUGCGUGUUGUUUUGUUACUUGGAAGUCAGAGGAGAGAGAUGCCCACACCACUGUCAUAAGGCGGCGUCCCUUCCCAGAGAAAGAACUGCGACUUGGGAAGGGGGACAUAGUACCAGUGAGCGUGACUGAUUGACAGGUGGCUACCGUAACUUGCCACUUGUGACCAUUUCUAGCCUAUCGCAUGCAUACCAAGCUGUCUUCAGCCACCCGUUGGGUUUUUCUAUGCCUUCCAUGCUUGUGUUAGAAGAGGUAAUGCUAAGAUUUUCUAAAGACUAUUUAAAAAUUGUGCAUUUAAACAUUUUUUGGCUUGCUUUGAAAGAAAAGUCACACAUACUCCAUUUCUAUGAAUUAGGGAAAGAUGGGGGAGAUCCUUUAAUGAGACUUUGAUUUUUGGUGAGCUUUUUUAUCCUGGCUUACAGUAGGCAUUUUUACCUAAAACGGAAUUGUUUCUCACUUAGGUUUCAGAGUGUAUAGUUGAACCUCCUAAAGCAGAAGCAAGCAUUUUUUUAACCCUUUGGGGUCUAUUCAGGCUUUGAAGGCCUUUUUUAUAGAAAAGUCUCAUAACUAAGAACGCUUGCUUUUGGUCAAGCGGGUCUGCUGAUUGUCUGCUCGCACUGCUGUUUUCUUCGUAUGGGAAGUGUCCGGAGCGCCCUGGGAUGUAUGUGAAGGGUCGCACAUAGGAGUUCGGACUAACACACCAGUGUGGCUGCCACCACAAAGAGAGAAAUGCAGAAAUUCAGGCCUUGGUUUCUGUACAUUUUUGGUAACAUGAUUUUGUGGUUUAGAUGUUCUUAUUCUGGUAGAAUUUAUUUCUGAGGACUUAAAAUAUAUUGUGGGGAGAGGAGUUUUAUGUAUUUUCCUUGCCUUGAAGUACCCUGAGGUGAUAAAUUCUCCUUGACUAUAUAUAUCUACCACUGACUGCUUAAGCCUCAAUGUAAAUUCAGUUAAAAUUUGUGAUUCCAUAAGCAGUUUACUAAAUUCAGAUCAUCAUUUGGCGAUUAACGGAUAGCCACUAAAUUCAGCAUUUUGCCAGUUUCUAUCUUAUGUGGUUGUACUAACUUAUCAUUGCAGAUUGGACUCUGUAAGCCAAAAAAUCUAUUUAUUUUCAACAGUUGGGGAUUUUUGAAUUUCUUUUUAUUUAGAUAAUACUUAUUCAUUGUAAUUCUCUAAGUGAUCAAAAUCCAUGAUGUUUUAUUAUUUGGCUUGGCUUUCCUCUCUACCUUCCAAUUAAAGAGUAUUCUAUCCAUAACAUAUGAAACUUUUUUUAAAAGUCAAGCAGUGCAAAUCACCUGAAUUUUUCUUGUUCUUUUUUUUAAGAGCAUUGAAUAAAUUGAAGAAAAACUUAAACCAAAAUUAAACAUAUAUAUUAUUUAACAUAUAAUUAAUUAACAUGUAUUAAACUUUUCUGAAUGGGGAACAUUAAUAUUUUCAUCCUUUCUAGUAUAAUAUUUCCAUAAGAUUAACUCUAAAAGAAAAACCACUAAAUGCCCAUUAACUUUUUAAUCUUGUGAAAUUAGCAUCUCAACAAGUUUUGUGGUCUCAAUCCUUUUUUGUCUUUUAUAUCCAGUUCAUGUAACCGUUUUGUAAGAAAUGAUUCUAAGAUAUCUUUUUUUUCCAGUUUCUUUUAAUAAGGUUAUCUACAUUUUUUCUUCUUUGAUAUUGAGUUAUUACUUAGAUUUAACUCUGAUAGUAUAGUAGCCAUGUUUUCUUCAGAAAUCAUAACCUCUUCUUGGGAAUCAAAUUAUUUAGACAACUGGGAGGAAAGAAAAUGAGGCUUUGUGUUGGGAGAAAACAUUUGUGAAGGAUGAGAAAAUUACCACACUUAAUAAGGAUAGUUGGCAGAACCUAUGUCCUAGGUUCUUUCAACAUACCCACCUGAUGAAACCAGAAAUAAAUCUAUUUAAAAAGUGUACUAGUGUGAGCAUCUUCUAGAUUAAGGUGCUAAAGAGGCAGAAAUGAUAAGAACAGUUCCCUUGCCUUGAAGAGCUGAAAAUCAGGUGGAAAGCAAACUAGUCUGUUCACAUUCUGCUUCUCCAAAAUGUUAUAUACUGAAACCUAUCAAUAAUUAAAAGCCAAAUAAAAGCUACUAGGAACUUUCAAGUUCAACCUAAAAGUUUACAUAGAACGUUGUGAUUUAUGAGAUGUUUGAAUCAAAGAGAUACUGGAAGAUAGAAAUCAGGCACAACACUUUCAUUGUUUUAGAAAGCAGUCAUUUUUGUUUCCCUUUCACAUUAAUUUCAUCGUUUAAAAAACGUGCUAUAAAGUGAAAAGUUUUGAUUUCUCAGAAUCUCAAUUACAGAGCUGAAGGUGACUUUGGAAAACUAUCUAAUCCUAGUGUCACACAGAUUCGAAAACUGAGGUGAUGUGACUUGCAUCAAAGCCCACAGAAAGGCAGCCUAAGAACUGUUGGCAUUUCCAACUCCCAGGUUAGUGCUUUUUCCACUUUUCUUGCGUUAGCCUCUUAGAGACUCUCAGAGGCAAUAAAUCCCUGUCAUGAGAAAAUAAACAAGCAAAAAAGUUAGAGGGGGAGAAUUUUUCUCCUAUUUGGAUAUAAUGAAUAAGAAAAAUCUUAGGUGAUGAAGUCAGUGACUUAGUAAUUUUAAUUAACUUGAUGUUCUCUAUUUUGUUUUUGUCGUCAUUGAACCAUUGAGAUUGGAAUCUACUUAAAUAGUGGGAUCUUGGUAGCCAGCAGUUAUGUUGAGAUUUUAUGUGGGCUUUCCUAGAUUUUAAUAGUAAUGAGAUUAAAAUAUAGAUAGUCUUACUUGAGAUGGGACUGUAUUGAAGCAGAAUGAGAUGUAAUAUGAUUUGGAAAUAGUUUGCAGUGGAAUGACACACUGUCCUAUUAAAGAUUGAAGACUGUGCUUCAUAUUUUUAUACAGACACUUUUAUAGACCAUGGCUUUAUUUGAAAAGGGAAGAUCUCACGUAAUUAAGCAGUGGAAAAAUGUAUGAAAUUCUUUGGUGCAUCAGGUUCACUGUCUGCUGGAUAUCCCCCUUUUCUCCAGAGUUCUGCACUGCAAACCUAUCAAUCACACAGGUGAACUUGGUCAGUCUUCCUUUUCCCGCUCACUGGGCUCCUUUUUGCACAUUUGCGUGGACAUCUUCCUGUAUGAAAGGAAACGUGCCAAUAGAAAGGAACCAAAGACUUGGGGAAAUAGUUGCCUCCUAGCUGGGGAGCUAAGUCCUUGUUAUAGAAACCCACCUUUUAGACAGUUAAAUGUUUAAAGAGUAAGGUUUAUGACCCUUGUGCAACAAUUUGAUAAAUGCUCAGUUGUUUUCUGAACUCCCUUGGGAGUGUGGGUCAGCCAGAUCAUCUUCCAUGGCAUGCUGUUGUUUUCUCUAACCAUGAAUGGGGGGAAAUGUUAAUAAUUUGGAGCGUGUUGUUAUUACCAAAUAUACAAGCAACAAAGCAACCGAAAAUUGCAACAACUGCUAGGUCAACUGACUGAAAAGAUGUAUGAAAACGGUCAUGUUCAAAAUAGAAGUUUCCGGCCAAGGUUAAGAAUAACCUUGGACUGAGUUGAAGUAUCUCUGCCCAUUUAAACAAGGGUCUAUUGUAAACCUCCAUUUCCUUUUGAAACAAAAUCAUGUCCUGUAAACACAUAGCUUUGACUGAAUGUGCAUUCUUGUCAUAACGGAAGAUUUAUAUCUAUGCAGAUGAUGUGUUUUUCCAUAUUGUUUUCUGUUUAGUCCUCAAUCUCCUAACUCAAAUUGGGGACUGAGGCGAGAUAAAGGUGGCUAAUCCUAUUGUGCCAUACUCUUCCAACUGCUUCUCAGCCCCAGGCGGGAGCCCCAGUGAGUAUUGAUACACAUUUCUGCUGUUGUGUGCAAAUUCUCCAAGUGGAAGUUUCUCCCUCGGUCUAUCUUAAGUGAACCCCGGAAUUGAAUUUAUUAUUUUGUCCGAACAUGUUUGUGAUCUUGUGUUAUAUUUUAGGGCAUGUUACCUUUCUAGUACUAUAAACUAUAGUGAAUAUUCAUUGUACUUCAAAAAAGUGGUCAGUAAUUUGCAUAUAUGUAUUCCAUAUGUUAGUGAGCUUGAAGUGACAAUCCAUAGUUUGUAGUAGUUUGUUACUUGCCAACUUUGGCUAUCCUGUAU